AUGAGUGAUUUAUCAAUUUUAAUGAAAUUUGAAUUCCUACCAAAUGAAAUGUUAAUGGAAUGCUUUAAAUAUUUAAAUGCAUUAGAUAUUUUUUAUUCAUUUGAUCUAUUAAAUUAUCGUUUUAGCAGACUUAUUCGAAAUAUUCCAUUACAUGUCGAUUUUCAAUGUAUUCGCAAAUCUUUCUUUGAUAAAUUUUGUAUAAAAAUGUUAUUAAAUCCGGAAAUAAAAAAUCAAAUUUAUUCAUUACAUCUAUCAGAUAAAGAUACAUGUGGACAAAUUAAUGCAUUUUUAUCAUUUUUUUCAUUCAAUGAAUUUUCUAAUCUUCAAUCAUUAACAUUGAAUGAAAAUAAAAAUAAUAAUGUAGAAAUAUUAGAAUGGAUAUUACCAUUAUCACCUAAAUUACACUCUUUAAUUUCAAAAAGAUUAUUUGAUAGUCUAACACUGAUUGAUAAAAUUUCAUCAGUUAAAAAACUAACAAUAUCCAAAUGUCAAUCAAAAGAAUUAUGUCAAAUAUUACAGUGUAUGCCGAUGUUAAAUUGUUUGAAUAUCGAAAAUUUUUCAAUUUACUAUGAAUCGAUAAAUAAUGAAACAUGUUGCUGUGAUUAUAUUGCUUGGAAUUUAAAACGAUUAAUUAUUGAUAAAUUUCAAAAUGAUUUUGAAGACUUCGAAAAGUUUAUAAAGCAAAUACCAAAUUUAAAAAGUUUAACAAUAUCGACAGACAAUAAAUUAAAUAUGUUUGAUGCUUAUCGAUGGGAAAAUUUGAUUUCAUCAUCAUUACCUUAUUUAAAUAUUUUCAACAUUCAUUUAUACAAUACCAUACAUAUCUGA